AUGCUCAAGCGCCCCGCCGCGCCCUCCGCGUCGGCGCUGCCGUCGUCGCCGUCGCGCGCCACUGCCGCCGCCGAUGCCGAUGCCGCCACGUUGAAGAAGAAGCGGCGGUCGCAGCCCAUGGGCAACUUGACGAACCUGCAGAAGCGCCAGCUCUGCAUCAAGUUCGCGCAGGUCAAGAUGACGCAGCAGGAGCUCUGCCAGUGGGCCAAGCGCGAGUUCCAACUGGCGCACCUGCCGCACCAGUCGACCAUCUCGAAGAUCCUCGCGCGGACCGAAGAGCUCACGCAGAUGGCGCCGCGGGACCUCUCGGCGCGGCGCAAAGGGCUCGUGACGCACCCGGAGCUCGACACGGCGCUGUGCAAUUGGGUGCUCUGCGCGCGGCACAACGGCCUCAAGAUCUCGGGCGACAUCAUCAAGAGCCAAGCGCGGGCACUGGCGGCGCAACUGGGCAUUGCCUCGACCAUGAGCUUCUCCAACGGCUGGCUCGGCGGGUUCAAGAAGCGGUACAACAUCCGCUUGGGCAGCGCCGCGACGGCCACGGACAGCAGCAGCGGCAGUCCGCACGGCGCGCUCGCGAGUCAGCUCCACUCGCUCGAGCAGCUGCAGCACGUCGCGCGGCUGUACGAUCCACGUGACGUCUACUGCAUGCACGAGACGGGUCUGCUGUACGACCUGUCGCCCGAGAAACCGGCGGGUCGCGCGCGGACGGCGAGGAAGGAGCACAGCGGCGCGCGGCUGACGAUCGUCUUUGCCGUGAACGCCGACGCGAGCGACCGGAUGGAGCCCAUGUUCAUCGGCCCGUGCAAACUGCCGAUGCAAAGCGCGGACGAGCUCGACACAGAGUGGCGUCACUUUUAUUACCAGAACAACCGACGCGCGUGGAUGACGCCCGUGAUGUUCCAGGACUACAUCUCGGCCAUUGACACGCGAAUGCGGGACGAAGGCCGCUACGUCCUCUUGCUCGCGUCACCAGCGCCGUCUCACGUCUCGCUGGGACUCGAGCUCACGAACGUGCGGUUGGAGAUCUUGCCGUCCCCGAUGAUGACGGAACCGCUGGCGAUGGUGAUGCAAGUGGGUCUGCCAGGGAGUGCGGACGACAGUGCUGGUCUGCCCGAGGCCUCGGAAUACAUUGCAGCAGCUGAAGUGGCGGAGCCGUCGAUGCCCGAGUCGUCUCCAGCCGAGUCGUCGAUUGCGGUACAGGAUCAAGCUGUGGUGAAGAUACAGCCAGAGACAGAGAUGCCGAUUUCGUCGGUAUCGGACCUCCACAGCUCUGCGGCGAUUGCAAAGAUGGUGUCAACGCUGGCAAACACGACGACCGUACAACCGCUCGAUGCGGGAAUCAUUGCGGCUUUCAAGCGGCGGUAUCGGCGGUAUCAUAUGCUGUACGCGCUCGAUCGUUUCGAGGCAGGACGGAACGACGUUUUCCACGUCGAGCAGCUGCAAGCGAUGCGGUGGGCGCGUCACUGUUGGAAGCAAGAGCUGCCGGAGGAGAUCAUUCGCAAGUGCUGGGCGGCGACCGAGAUUCUUGUCCCCAAGCCGAUCCUCGAGACGAUGGCAGCAUUCGAGUCGAUUGAAGAGGACGUUGACAAGGAGAUAUGCGAAACAGUGUCCGCACUGGAGAUCCUGCGCCCGCUGCCGAUUGACGAAUUCGUAAGUCCUCGCGACGAAAGCUUUGGGAUCCACUGCGCUGGCUUGGGAGAAACCGACUUUGUGUUUACUGUGCCCGACAGCUGCGACACCAAGCAGAAUGUCCUGAAGGCGUCGCCCAAUGCGGUGGAUGCAGCCGAGCAGCAAGCAGUAUCGCCGACUGACUUGACACCACGUCUGCAGGAGUUGCAUGCCCGUAUUGAGGCGUCCGCAUCAUCGGCUGCAGCAGCUGCUGCAUCGACAUUGAGUCUAGCGCCAAACACGCAACUAGUCGUGUCAGAAGAGGGCACACCUUCCGUCUUAACGUCGUCCGCAAGCGCAGUGGACGGCCUUGGCUUGCCGCCGCCUUCCUGCACCGCAACAACACAUGGCGAUGGGCCCGCGACCAACGAGCAGCUGAUUGAAUGCUUCAAGGUGCUGCUGCCGGAACUGGAUCGACUGCGGUUCGAUGAUCACACGAAGAAGAGCAUACGCAGUACAUUCCGCAAGCUGAGGGAGACGGUCGAGCAACAAGCUCUAGACCGCAAGCGCGGCACCACGACGAAGAAGGCUCAGCCAUCGUCGUUGCAGUCUUUCCAACCUCAGAUGCAGCUUUCGCUCCAGGAGCAGCAAGCACAGGUACUACAGAUGCAGCAGCAGCUCAUGAUGCAGCCGGAUCCAGCAAUAGCAGGGCUGGCAGCCCAGACAUCGCAAAUCGGCGAAGACACCGUCUUGUAG